GCGCACUUACAGUUUUGGUACACAGACAUUGAACAAGCUACAGCAACAGGACUAUCGCAUAAUACUGGACUGGACUGGAUUACUAAACUUUAAAACAACACCAAUCUGAUUCCGCUCUAGCCACGUUGUGACGCUUCCAAUGUAACCAAGUCAGUUUAAAGUAACUGCAUUUUCUUUCCGUUUGUUCUUUUGCGUUUCGCGUCAUAUUUUAUUUUGACUGUCAUAUGUGACAUUUUAAGACACAAACAGUAUUGCUGGUACCAUGGCUGAAGCAGCCCAAAACCAGAUGGUCGAUAUCGACCCGGACUUCGAGCCGCUCUCCAGACCCCGCUCCUGUACUUGGCCGCUGCCGCGUCCGGAGUUCCCCAACCCCGCCGCCGCCGACUCCAACACAUCGUCCCCGGCUCCGUCCGUCAAGCAGGAGCCCUCCAGCAACACGGACUUUAUCAACAACCUCAGUUUGCUGGAAGAGAAUGAGGACUACCCUGAUCGGAAGCCCCUCAUGCUGUGCGGCGAUUUUCAGUGCCAGGAGAACUGCAUCCACCAGCAACAAAUCCCGAGCCACCAGCAACAGGUGCCUGUGCUCUCCUCUCCGGUGGCAGCCGCCGCCGCAGCCGCGGCAGCCGCUCAGCGCAAGAGCAGCUCGUCCAGACGCAACGCCUGGGGAAAUAUGUCUUACGCGGACCUGAUUACCAAAGCCAUCGAGAGCACCCCCGAAAAAAGGCUCACCUUGUCUCAGAUCUACGACUGGAUGGUGAAAAGCGUCCCUUACUUUAAGGACAAGGGGGAUAGUAACAGCUCCGCUGGUUGGAAGAACUCAAUCAGACACAACCUGUCCCUACAUAGCAGGUUUAUCCGAGUGCAGAAUGAGGGGACAGGUAAGAGCUCCUGGUGGAUGCUCAACCCUGAUGGCGGCAAAAGUGGCAAGUCACCUCGACGCCGGGCUGCCUCUAUGGACAACAACAGCAAGUUUGCCAAGAGCAGAGGACGAGCAGCAAAGAAAAAGCUAGCUCUUCAGGGUGGUCCCGAUGGGGGCGCAGAUAGCCCAGGCUCUCAGUACGGCAAGUGGCCAGGCAGUCCGAACUCCCACAGCAAUGAUGACUUCGACGCCUGGACAGCUUUCCGUCCACGCACCAGCUCCAAUGCCAGCACAGUGAGCGGCCGUCUCUCGCCUUUUAUUGAUGAUGAACUUGGCGACUCCGAUGUCCACAUGGUCUACCCAGGCCCUGGGUCAGGUGCCAAAAUGACCUCCACUCUCCCCAGCUUGUCUGAAAUGGCUGGUUCUCUGGGUCACAGUGGCUCUGAGAAUGUGAUGGAGAACCUUCUGGAUAACCUCAAAUUGCUCUCACCUAAGAACCAAUCGGUGGGGUCCACAGGAGGGCCUGGGUCAGGAUCCAACCAGUCCUCACCCUCUUCACUCAUGCAGGCCAGCCCUGGUUACUCCCCCUACAGUUCCCCAGGUCUGGCUGUGGUCAACCAGCAGACCCAACAAGACUAUCCUAAGUUUCUUUAUGGCCAGGCAGGAAUGGGCAGCAUGUCCCCCAUGCCGAUGCAGCAUUUGCCAGAAGGCAAGCCCAGUUUUGUUUCUGGCCCAGGAACUAUGGGCCAGUUUAACUGCACAGCUGGGCUGCUGAAGGAGCUUCUUACAUCUGAUGGAGAGCCUGGAGAGCUCAUGCCCUCAGUGGACACUGUCGUCUCCCAGUCAGCUGGAGGCAGUGGAUGUAUGCUGCCGCCCUACAAUAGUGGGCGGAAUGAACUUAUGGGAGGUGGAGCAUCCCACAGCCAUGCCCUCUCUCAUCCACACAAUAUGCAUGGACAAGCCACAUCUUUGGCAUUGAAUGGGCGAUCGAUGCACCCACUGACCGGGAUUGGUCACAGCAGUGCUGGUGGACGCUUGGGAAGCGUCAAGUCAGGCAUGCAGAUGCACUAUGGAGGCUCCAGUCAUCUUGGAGGUGGGCUUACUCCUUACUGCAUUGUCAACAGCAACGGAUAUGGGCGCAGUCCAGGGAUGAUGCCCCACCUGCAACAGCAACACCUGGAAAAGCUGCCCAGUGAUCUGGACGGGAUGCCUGUGGAGAGAUUUGAAUGCGAUGUUGAGUCCAUCUUACAUGAUACACUCAUGGACGGAGAAUCGCUGGACUUCAACUUUGACCCCAUGGCCACCCAACAGGGGUUCCCACCUCACAGUGUAAAGACCACCACCCACAGCUGGGUGUCUGGGUAGGAGCUAUUUUUAUUAAAAGUAUAAUAUUUUAACAACCCAACAAUAUCUGAAGUCCAGUAACUUUUCAUAAUUACUUUUUCAGUAUUGGUUUAAAAUAUAUGUUUAAACACUUUGUACACACUUUGACUUUGUGUAGAUGAUAUGUGUCUUCUUUGACGUUUUUGUUUUUAUUUGUAUUUUUACAGGUAAAAAACUCACAACUGGAAAACAGCAGCAUGGAGCGGCUCUCCACACACAUCCAAACCCUUCGUCAGGGAACGUAGCCCCCAUUAUUCUUUCACUUUUUUCAGCUGAGAUACGACCUCACGCUACAAGCACACUGGCUCAGUACAGAGCUAAAUUGCAAGGAUUUUUUCCUCAGACAUUAGGACUCACAUUCAAACUAAGUGCCAAACCAGGUGCCUGUGCUCCAUAGCCAAAUUGACAAGCUUUAUUAUGCUGCCUUCUUCUUGCUGUAGAUAAUCAGUCGUCAAAUCAGGGCAACGAAAACCUGAGGCCCUUACAUCUGCUGCAACAAACUUACCAAUGUCCACACCAAUUUUCAGUAAUGAUUUUACAGCUGCAUUUCCAUUAAGGAAAAACUGUGAUAAGGUAUAACCAUCAAAUCCAACACCAGGCAGCACACCUCAAGUUCAUUCGACACACCUCAGAAAAGUAACUCCCAAGGUAAUAGCUCAUUCCUUGUUGUGUUGUCAGUUCAAAACCCUACUCUGCAAUUUUUGCUGAGAGUAACACAUUCAUGCUGUGUUUCAUGGGGACUCCAUGAUUGGCCUUAUUGGGAAGAAGAACUGGAACAGCGGUAGGCAGGAAUGACUGUAAAUAGAUUUAUUUAGAAAUAGUCCUGCACAAAACAUGACCUUGGAAAUGUUAGGGAAAUUGUUGCAGACUAGUUGAACUGCGUCACAUACAGAACAUCAUAACAUUUUCAUUUCUGUCUUGUAACACUUUUUAUUCUGUCUCAGCAUUUGACUUAGGCAAGAUGUACUACAUUUCUAAACAGUGUAUAACUAUUAACUGGUGUACAGAGAGGUUACACGAUGAUAUCAACAAUCAGGGCAACCGAUUUAAUGUUGUUUUGUAAAUCUGAGAGAACUGGACUUGACAUUUUACAUUUUGGCAGGCUUACAUGGAAUAGUGUUUCUCAUCUGAAUUAUUUACAUCUUUCCACAUUUUUUGUAAAUACAUGAAAUAUAUUUCAAAAACAUAUAAAGUAGAAAUAUAAGAAGGUUAUUAUACAUAGAAGUUUUCUUUUUCCUUUUGUAUUAUCACAGUUAUUCUUAUUGUUGUUUAUUAUUGGCUUCAGUUUGAGAUUUUUUUAUUAUUAUUAUUUAAAAAAUAGUUCACCCAAUAAUGAAAAGCGUAUAAUUUACUAAAAAUAUACAGUAACUUAUUUUUUCUCCAAAUCAAUUUAUUUAUUCUGUGAAACACAAAAAGUGACAUUUUGAACAAUAUCAUGGCUGCUUCUUCCCAUGCAAUGAAAAUUAAUGGAGUCUAUCAAGUCUUUUGAACUACAAAAAUAGUUCAUCUUUGCCAUUUGAUGGCAAACACCAUUGUUUUUUGUGUGUGUCUCAACGCCAUGUUUGUUUUGGAAGAUUUAUGUGAAAAAUGACAAAUUUCGAUUGACCCAAUACUUUCAUUUUUUCGUUGUAUGGAAAAAGGCAGCCAAGACAUUAUUAAACAAAAUUAAUUUGUGUGUCAUGGAAGAAAGUAAGUCACACAGGUUUGGAAUGACAUGCAGGCAAAUAAAUGCUCCCAGAAUUUGAAUGAUUUGAUACAUUACAUCUUCUAAGCCAUUUAUAGUGCAUUUUUUUCCUGAGAUUUUGGGUCAUUAAAAUCCAGAACUUUUUUUCAGUUGUUCGGUAAGACACCACCUAAAAAAUAAAAUAAAUAGGCAAACUGUUGUAUUUUCUCUUCAUAAUUUAUCAUGGGGCCGUACACCACCAAAACCUUUAAUAGUGGUUAAUGUAGUUUAAAGCUACAGCGCUAGGUGACCACUGUAUUGAAUCUGUUGCUGUAGUAAAGCUACAGUUCUCUGCCUUUAAGAAAGUGUAGACACAUUGACAACAUUAUUUGGCUGAAGGAAAAGUGCUGUGGUUGUAUCAUGUCACAGUAUAUUAUUUAGACUUGUAUUAUAUUUCUAUCUUAAUUCACAUCUCUCUCGAACUGCAGGCACUGUGAUGUAUAUGUUUUACAAGUUUGUGGUGAUUUUAAAUGUCUGUGGUGCCUCAACUUUUGUUUUUCAUUUCAGUUUGAUGUUCCCUUUAACAAGAAUUUCAACAGUUUAGGUUUCUUGCACCAAUGUGCACUACUAGACUUAAACAAUUUUCAAAUUGGCCAGCAGAAAUUACAGAUAUCUCAGACAAUACUCAAAAUGGUUUCUUGAGUACUGUUAUAAUACAAAAAUGCUGAAAUGCUUUGUAGAAAACUAAGAUAUAAUAAGUUCUCAAUUUUUUAUAUUAAAUGCUUAAUGUUAUUAGAGGUGUUCUUGAAGAACAUUAACACUGUUUUCUAACCAGGCGUAAUAUGACAGGGCAACAAGCCACAAGUUACUUGUUGGUGUUUUGGUUUCUGUUCCUGUGUAGCCCCACCCAUUGCAAAAUCCCAUUGGUCCAAAAUCCCGCUCUAUAUAACUAUAUGUAACCCAAAAUAUGAUUGGCUGUGCCAUAAUUGUAACUUUUUAGUAUGGACUGACAAAUUUCUUGUAACGCCUGGUUCGGACACAGUGAGGUUUAGUCAUGAGAAGAAUGCCAGAUGUUUGUUUACUAAAACAAGCUCACAUCAUUAAAUUGUUAUUAUUAACCUCUGACCCAUACUGUUUCGUUCAGCACAAGAAGAAACCAGAUUACAUUGUGCCCAAUUAUCAUAAACAUGCAUUUGCUUUGUGAAUUUAGCAGGUGACCCCACCUAUGCACAUCCAUGUACUUUAAUGAUUAUUAAGAUUAUUGUCAUGUCCAAUAUGUUUUUACGAUGACAAGAUAUUUGAUAUUUCAUGUUUGAUAGAGCUGUGGAGUCAUGUUAAUGUCACAGAUGUUAGUUCAUAGUUCUGAAGAAUAUGAAGUAUAUUUAGAGUAGAAGAUAAUUUACACGCACAGCUUUUUGUACAUUGUACACUGUUAUUCUUGUAUUUAGCAGCAGUUUGUAAAAACAAAAAAGAAAAAAAAACAUUUGAAAAAAAAAAACUAAUAAUGAUCAUUGACACAAAUCUGGAAGAAAAUUCAGCUGUUUUUCUUCAGAUUGUGGAGUUUGGACCAAUUUUUAAUGAAAGAAAAAAUCUAUUAAAAUAUUGCACUUUUCUGUAAAUGUAAUGCAUUCUCCUAGAGAGAUGAAGAAAGUCAAGAUUAUCUAUUUUGAAACAAACUGUUAAAUUUCUUAACUUAUGUGCAGAAAAGAUUUGAUUCACAAUCAAAAAAGUAUAAAUAAAGGUGCAAUUUGUUUAUGUAGUUGAGAAAGUAAUAAUCUAUAAGAGAGAAAUUAUAUUGUUAAGCUGACAUACCAAUACUGACAUAUGUAUAUUAUAUCUUUAUUCUUUAAGUUCAUCAGCAAACAUUUUGUGAAAUGUGAGGCCAUAGCGCUCUGAUUUUGUUUCUUUAUGCCGAUGUUGUGCUUGUAUUCCUGUACAAGAAACAUGCUGCCGCUGUAAAAAGCCAUGUGUAUAUAAAUUAUGUUAUAUAAAGAAGAA